CACAAAGCGCUGGGAGGAUUUCGCUGUAUUUGUGGAGCGCUCCAGAACGUCCGUCCCGUCUCACGCGAUGCUGAGCAUGUAAAGAUCCGGACUGAGGGGUCGCCCUCCAGGGCCGUCGUCUCUCUUCAUCUGGGAUCAUGUUCUAGAGCCGACCCUGUGCAGCAACCAUGAAAGGCUUAGGGGCCAACCGUAGCCGCCAUCUGUCCGACACCUGCGACCCCACCGCGGGCCCCCAGGAGCCCCUGUGUCCCUUGGCCCCAGACCCCCACGCCGCCUUCCUCCUGAGCCCCACUGUCAACCACUACGCCACUCUAGAUCCUCACCUCCAUCAUUUUCCUGUUUCCACCCCGACGACGCUGCAGUCGGACUGCCUGCUGCCCCUCAACAACCAGCUGGCCACCAGCAGCACCUUCCCACGCCUCCACUACACCAACCAGCCGGAGCAGAGCGACUACACACAGCAGGCUUGUGUGGCUCAGAUGGGCAGUCGCUCCGGCACGCUCACGUCCUCCAUGUCCAUGGGUUUGGGUUUGGGACUGGGCGCUCCCGCCAUGAUCAGCAGCGGCACGGCCACCAUCUCAUCCGCGGCCGCCGCCAAGAUGAACCGGCUCCCAGCCAACCUGCUGGACCAGCUGGAGCGCCACCUACCGCUGCAGCGCGACGGCUUCAGCACGCUGCAGUUCCACCGGCGCAGCCACGGCUCCAAGCAGCGCAGCGAGAGUCCCAGCCGCAUCCGCAACCUGGUGCAGUCCGUCCAGAAGCUCUUCGCCAAGUCCCAGUCCCUGGAGGUGUCGGCGGUCAAAGGGAGCAUCACCGCGGGCCCAGCCGGAGACGCGGCUAAAGCAGCCCGCCGCAGCAAAAGCAAAGACCGCGCCAAGACCGAAGGCACCAAACGCCACCCGCGGCCCAAUCUCUCAGGCUUCUGGAGCUCGGAUGACUGUUUGGAGGACGAGGCGCUGGCUCAGCCCGCCGCCGGGCCAUUAGCGAUGGCGUAUCGAAACCCUCUCAGCAUGAUGACGUUGGGCAGGGCCGUGUCGGACAGUCAGGCGGCUCCCAGACCGCAUCCGCAGGGCUACAACACCAUCGCGGCUCAUUCGCUCAAAUCCUCCAAGAGCAGCGGAGACCUCAAGCCCACCGUCAGCCUGCCGCCCUCCACGGGCCAGACGGGGGAGAACACGCUGGUCAAGAGGGGCUCGUGGUCCACGCUGACCCUCAGUCAGGCCCGACAGGUGCUGCAGAAGGGAUCCGCCACCGUCAACCGCAGCCUGCUCAAGUCCAAGUCCUGCCACGGCCAAGAGAUGACCUGCAACUUCCUACAGGUGCCUGCGGGUGAAUGGAGCGGGACGCUGGGUAAGGGAGGCGGUGGUGCGGGCGAGAUCCCGUGCAGACGGAUGCGCAGCGGCAGUUACGUUAAAGCCAUGGGAGACAUGGAGGACAGCGACGACUCGGACGGACCCCCUUCACCCAAACCCUCACCCAAAACUGCCGCCAGACGCCAGAGUUACCUGAAGGCCACACAGCGCUCUCUCAGCGAACAGCAGCCGCCGCUGCUACCGCCACGCAACUGUAUGCCGUCUCUAUGCGAGGUCUCCACCAAUCGCAGCCUGGAUAACCUGGACUGUCUGAUGGGAGCGGAUGAGGCGGGUCUGCAGCACUGGGACGCUGAUGGGGGAUUCGGUCAGCGCUGCUCUACACUGGGACGAGGCUCCACCAUGGGCCAGGUGGAGCAGGGCUACCGGAGCAGCGCGGCGUACCGUCAGCUGGACUCUCAGGCGCUGGAGGCCUUGGAUCUGCCCACACCCACCUGCUUCCGCUCCCGGAGCCACAGUUACCUGCGCGCCAUCCAGGCCGGCUGCUCUCAAGACGACGAUACGGGCUCCGUGGACUCCGACGAGACGCCACCUAUAACCUCAUCCAUCAGCAGCUACAGCAGCGCCACCGUCUCCACGUGUACGGCCGUCUGUAAGAAGAAUCCUCCGCCUAUUCCUCCUCGAACCACCUUCAAACCCUACAUCGCGGUGACGGUCCAGAGCAGCACCGAAUCGGCCCAGGACACGUACCUGGACAGCCAGGACCAGCGCAGCGAGGUCAACAGCCAAUCAGGACGCAGCAACUCCUCCGACAGCAUCGCCAGCUCUCGGACAGGGAGUCUGGUCAAGUGCGCCAAGCGGCAGCCCAUCCUGCCCCCCAUCCCUGCCCCGCGGGAACCCGUGCCCUUGCCCAGCGCCAGAGUGACCACGCCUCCUCCCGCCAUCGUCCCGCCCUCUCCUGCCCCAGACGCCAAAAACGAGCCCGCAAGCCUCACAGUGGCACCCAACAAAUCGCAAGCCCCGCCCAAAAGAAAACUGUCCUCCAUUGGCAUUCAGGUGGAUUGUGUGCAGCCGAUUCUGAAAGAGGAACAAACUCCCACCACCAGGUUCCAGUCCAUCGGGGUUCAGGUUGAAGACGGCAGACCACUCAGUCGCUUUACUAGCAUGGCGUCUAGACAGGAGACGACGGAGGCUGAAUCUCAGGAGCAGUCCGACGGUAAACCCUCGCAGAACAAGACACCCCACCAGAGUCUGGACUGGGGCAGCAUUCUCAAACCCUCACUGCAGGAGAAGCUGGACCAGGCGCUAGACCUGUCCUCCCUCCCGCCGCCCGACCCGUCUCUGCAGGCUGGGAGCGUGAACGGGGCUGUGGAGCAGCCCGGGGGCGCGGCGUGCCUCAGGGACGGGUGCUGGUUCCAGAAGCUUCUGCAGGCCGAGACCGAGCGCAUGGAGGCCUGGUGUCAGCAGAUGGACCAGGAUACCAAAGACAAACCGCUGUCAGAGGAGGUUUUGGGGAAGGUCCGCAGUGCCGUCGGCAGCGCUCAGCUCUUGAUGUCUCAGAAGUUCCAGCAGUUUCUGGGUCUCUGUGAGCAGAACCUGGAUGCGAGCGCUCAGCCGCGGGCCACAGCGCAGGAUCUGGCCGGGUUCUGGGAUCUGCUGCAGCUCUCCAUCGAGGACAUCAGCAUGAAGUUUGACGAGCUCCACCUCCUCAGGUCCAACGACUGGAAGAUGUCUGAGACCCAGGACAAAAAGGUCCAACUGACAAAGCUUUCGAACAUCCUAACAUUUCCCUUUGCCUUUGCUUGUUAAACCAGUUGGAAUGUAGAGAAAUAUUCUGGUUUGUGGAUAUACUUCAGCUUUUAGAUCUAGAACUUUGUAUCACCACAUGAAGCCGCCCAUCUAUAAUAACGUCAUGUGGUGAAAAUGUAGUGCGUCAGUUAUUUGCCAAAAAAAAA